UUCUGUGGGAGGACAAACAUGACACAAACCUCCCUAAUUGUUAUAAAGCACACUGUUUGUAUUAAACAUGCUUCACUGAUUCGAGUAUUUGGCGAGCACCGUUUUGUCCUACUAAUUUUGGCGGUCCUUGAACUCACCUUUAGUUUGUUUCCAUGUAUAACUUUCUCCGACUUCCUAGGACGUGUUUUAUGCCACUUCUUUUUCUGUCUCAUUUUGUCCACCAAACUGUUAACGUUGUGCGUGAAUACACAAAGACACAAAAUGGCAGCCCUGGGGGUGGAGUUUUUCUGUCAAACCAAACCAAGAUGGCUGUCUCCAAGAAAAGGGGAUGCUGGAGCCCUUGGAAAGACUGAAGCCACGGUUCAGCCCUCACCAUUACAUGCUGCCGAUGCACCACAACCUCCUCAUAUCAUCAUCAACAAUACAGAGAUCAAGACUGUAGAAAAGUUCUGCUACUUGGGUAGCAUCGUUACGAGCAACGGAACCCUGGAUGCUGAGAUGAUGCAGCGCAUUGGAAAGGCAAGUACGGCGUUCGGCAGAAUGGCAAAGAGACUCUGGCGAAUACACGGCAUCCGUCUCUCCACCAAAAUUGCCGUGUACAGAGCCGUGGUCCUGAGCGCACUCCUCUAUUGUUGUGAGACAUGGACCACCUACCGCAGACACAUCAAACUGCUGGAGCAGUUUCACCAGCGUUGUCUGCGGAGGAUCUGCAACAUUAAGUGGCAAGACAAAAAGUGUGGCCUCCUCAGCAUUGAGUGUGAUGGACAGGACAUAUUAUCCGCAGUGGAAGAAAAAAGGAUUCCAAAGAUGAUACUAUAUGGACACUUAAAGGCCUACUGAAACCCACUACU